AUGGAAGACGACUUCUUGAACAUCGACCCGCGCUCGCAAAUGCCAGCUUUGUGCAACUAUGAAAUGAUGAAGCAACGUGUCGGAAGCCUGGUAAGGGUCAUUGGGAGAAUCAUCGCCGUGGAUAAAAAGAACAUCAUCAUACAGACACCAGACGGGGGCAAAGUCACACUAAUACUAAGUCAACAGGAUAAUUUUCAGAUUGCGCAGGUCGUAGAAGUACGUGCAGUGGUACGCGCCGAAACACGGCAAAAGGGGAGCAACAUAUACUUGCAACAGUAUGGACAAAUGUAUAUUUGGGGGAAUAAGAUUAAUAUGGAACUCCUAAAUACAGCCAUAAAACUCUUGAAUCACCCCAAGGCAUUCAACACUAGUAAUCUGAUCUAUGACUAG